AUGGCUUCCCGCUGCUCCUGCACGGCGCUCACGAAGCUGCCAAUCGGCCGCUCGACGUCCCAAUCCCUGACCUCUCGAUCCUUCUCAACCACGACGUCCCAGCAAAGGGGCCUGCCACGCAUAUCCCCCGAGUCUCCCGACUGGAUCCAGAUCCCGCGCGCCCGCCAGGACCGGGCCUCGGAGUCCAAACCCGUCAAGCCCAAGGGCACGCUGCCCGUGCCUCGCGCCCUCUUCCCCGACGGCGCCCGCAACCCCAAGCUCCAGCCCGACUUCCUCGCCAAGUCGGCGCCCCUGCCCACGAACGCCGCCUCGCAGCAGCCCGCGCGCCCCGGCUCCGCAACCGACAUCCGCCGACGCAUGGCCGAGCACCGGCGCGCCAACCUCGCCGCCGGCGUCGAGGGCCUCUGGCAGCGCAAGCAGCAGCACGAGGCCCGCCUCGAGCGCACGGCGGCCGCCCACCAGGCGUUGACGCUGCGGCGGCGCAACGCGCCCGAGCGCGCCGACGACGUCCUCACGCGCAGCACCGUCCUCACGGCCACGGCCCAGAACGUCGCCGUGCUGCCGGACCCCGACCGCUUCGCCCGCGCCGAGGCCAGCCGCGCCCGCACCCUGGCCGAGGCCGCCCGCAAGAGCGAGGCCCGCCACGACGCCCUCGUCGCCCUCUACAUGCGCGCCGGCGACUUCAUCGUCGACGAGGACCACCUCGCCGCCGAGGUCGACAAGCUCUUUGGCGACGACUACUUCAAGAAGCAGGCCAGCUCCACCUCGACCGACGCCGACAAUGCCUGGGACGUCUGGGGCGCCCCGCCCACGCUGCAGCACCUCGGCCACCUUGCCACCAAGGACGCGACCGAGCACACCAGCAGGACGGCCAAGAGGCAGAAGAGCAUCGCAGAGGAGCUGACGGGUGGUCAGAUGGAUUAA